GUGCUUCCAAAUCGGGGGUUGAAGGACUUUGUAAGUGUGCCUCUAGAGGUAGAGGUAGGAAGCACCCAUACCUACCUCUGGGUCUACCUACCUAACUUUCAGCUUUCGUUGUGAUACCUACAACAGGCACCGGUAGCUACAGGUACGGUUCUGGACGACAUCAACAGCCGACCAUGUACCAGGCUCACUGGGCGUCGCUGGCCCUUUGGGCUGUCCUCACCACCCUCGCCUUGGGCCAAAGCUGCCAGAGCAUCGGCAACCUGAACGACGACAGCACCAUCUUUGACAGAAACGGCAACGAUACUCGUUCUCACAAGUCCGACAUUAGAACACGCUCCCACGCUCACCUCCACGCAUCCAACAGCCACACAAAUAAACGGCAUGCGGCCCUCCAUCACUCGAGUCCCCGAAACUCCAGCCGAAGCAAUAUCGAGGUCUCUUCUCAAAAACACAGCAGCAGGGACAGUGGUUUACAAGUUGACAUCGAUGGCGACCGCAUAAUCUACUGGCACGAGUCCGCUCUCCAGUCCCACGUCUGGCUUGCGGCAACAAAGGACUCCAAGCCUGUCGGCGCUCUCCAGAAGCGUGCCCCUACCACUGUCAAGGUAAUCAACACCGGCCUCACCCUUCCCGACUGUGCCGGAUGCGCGGCCAAGAAUGAUGGUAAACCCCUCAAGUGGCAAGAAUGGGAUUGGAAAGAGAUGAAACAACGCAUGUUACCGGAGGCUGCAUCCCAGCUCGACAAUACGUGCCUUUUUUAUACCGGAAUACCGCCCAAAGGCGAUAGCGGUGCCCAGGAGCUCUACGAUAAGAAUAUUUUUGGUCAGUCGGCGCUUGCCACAACACUGGCGUGCAAAAUGGACCUUAAAAGCAUUUGGAUGUUAUGGCCCGGAUGGAGCAAAGAAUAUGAAGAUUCAAAGACCGAUAGGAAUCUGCCCAACUAUUACGAAGUCAAAAAAGGCAGCUGGCUUGAGGACUGUGAUCAUCCAAUUGACGGAGCCAAGCAUCGAUGGCAAUACUUUGGAGCCAUGUCCGAAGCCAUGGCCAGAAGCUGCAGCGGUGUUGUCCGCGUCCUGGUUCCGACCCCCCAAAGCAUUGGCGAUGAAGUGUACACACGAAUCUGGCUGUUCUACGAGUACGCAGCCCUGCGUGAGCUCCACGAUCUGGGAAGAGUUAAGAGGCUGAUUGCCAUCGAGACGAUGAAACCCGAGAAUCAAUACGAGUGAGUUUUUUUCAUAAAGCAGUGUUUCCCUUCACCCCCCUACCUAGAUAUGACUCGACGCAAACGUGCAACCUUGUAGCUAACCUC